UCACUUUGGAAAAAUAAAAAAGAGAAAUGUAUUUUUUGUAAUCUUGUUUCUUUUGAAUUUGUUUAACUUUUUAACUUUUUUUUUAAUUUCAAUUAGAGUUUACAUUUUGUAGAAAAAUAAAUUUUUAAUUUUCAUUAUAUUUUAGUGAAUACUUAUUUAUUUUAAUUAUAUCUCUUAUCAGCUAGUCUUAAAUAUGUCUGUUUUUUUAAAGUUAGUUUAAGAAUUGGUCCCAAAAUCACUGAUCUUAUUCCAGCAUGAACGUUUAUAAUAUAAUUUGUGUACAAAAAAAAUAUCAACAUGACAGCAUGCAUUCCUCAGUUUAUCAUGAAAUAUUCCUAUACAGAUAUAUCUUCUUUUUUUUUUUGAACACCUCUAUAUAGAUAUAUCUAUAUAGUGAUUUCCAGUUGAUCUUUGAAAUGAGUUUCCACUAAUUAUCAUGCCUUCUUUUCUAUACUAAAUUAAUAUUUUCAUAUAUGUUUCUGCCCUAUUUUAAAAAUUAUAGUACUGUUUCCAUUUUUUUCUUUUAACCAAAAAAAUUGACAUUUUAAUUUAUUUCUAUUUAACCUGUGAAAUCUUAUAAAUUCAGUGCACAUAAAAAUCUACUUAAUUACUGUGAGAUACAUUUUUUAAUAAAAAAGGUAAAUUAGCAUGAGAUUUCAGAAUAGAAGUAUAUCUAUGUGUGGUACACAAUCCUUUAAAUCUCUUCUAAAUAGAUACACAAUCCUCUUCUAAAUAGCUCUCCCUAAGAAGAAAGAAGAAACAAAAACAAAAUUAAACCUUUGCAUCAUUUAGAAGAAAAUAUAAAAAUGAGAACUAUGAAAAAGAUCCUUCUUUCACUUAUCAUCAUCUCAUCAAUCAUCACCUUGACGUCUAUGCUUCAGCCACAUACUUUGUCACUGGGUGAGGAAUUCGACGUGCGUGUUAUCAACAGCUUUAGAGAUAACUCCUCUCUACCUCUAGUGAUCUGGUGCACCUCGCCACAAGGUGAUCUCGGUGGUCGCGCGCUUCAAGAGGGAGAUGACUUCCGAUGGACGGCCAGGAUCGAGCUGUGGUCGUGGAGGGCAGAGUACACGUGUACAAUGAAGUGGGAGUUGAAGAGGAAGAGGUUCGAGGCGUUUAAGGUUUCUAGAGACAGCAAUAGAUGUGGAAUUACAAAGAAAUGUUCUUGGUCCGUUAGAGAAGAUGGAUUUUAUUUUAGUAGUGACGAGAUUUAUUGGACCAAAGAUUUUUCUUGGUUAUAAUUUUAUCAAUUUUAAACCUGAUUUUCUGUCCAUUCACUUGAAUAUAAUAAUCAUUUUGUCAAUAGAUAUCCAACCUCUUUGCCUUGUUAGGACAUGCGCAACACAGGCACCUAAGCAAAUACAACGAAGGUAUCUGGUUUACUUGGAUUACGUUUUUCAUAAAGUUUAGAACUCCACGAUUACAUAUACAUAUAUGAUAUAAACACAUAAAUAUACUUUUAGACUAGGUGGACGGCCCGCACACAUGUGCGGGCAUUAACAUUAAUAUUAAAUUAAUAUUAUAUUUACAACUAUAUAAUACUUAUGUUACAUGUAUAUGGUUAAUAUGAAAGAUUCGAUGUUACAUAUUGAUAUUUAUACUAUGUUCAUAUGAACAAAGAAUACAUUAGAACGUUUAGAAAACGAUCACAUUUAACACUAAUCUUAAAACAUCAGAAAAAUAUAAUUGAAAAAAAUAAAUAUUUCACGUAUAAUCCCAAUAAAAAAAUCAGCCAUGAAAUAUAAAAGAGAGAUUUGAAUUACCUGAGAUUUAUUAUCAUUGGUUUCAUUGUAACAACAUAGAUGAUUUACGGUUUAAAGAUGUAAACAAUCCCCAAAAGAUAACAAAUUAUAUAAUUGAUAGGACAACAUCAAUGAGUUUCAAAGUUUUUAAAAAGCUUUGAGAUUACCUUUGGCUCUCAAACAUACCGAAGAGAAUCACGCACAAUAAAUAAAUUGCACUAGAUUAGCUUACAUAUCUUAUAUUAUAUUCUUGAUAAGUAAUUUAACUUUAUAAAAAAAUUACAUUAUUCGAAAGGGAUGAUCAGUUCCUGGAUAAACAGAGUCGUCUCUUUUUGUUAGUUGAAUCACUACUGAUGCAAAAAUAUAGAUAGAGAUACAACAUGGAGAGGAAGAGAACAAAAAUAAACGGACAAGAAUAAUCCCCCAUAAAAUUACCAGUAAUGGUGUUCCCGUCUAUGAGUAACUUAUUGAUUAUCAUACACCUGCGCAAGAUCACAAGAGUAGAAUUUAAAUUAUAACGAUCAAAAACAUAUGAAAACAUAAAAGAUAGAUGCGUGAAAACUUAAAAGAUAGAUGCGUGAAACUAAUGGGGGUGGCGUGAUAUUUAUAUAGCAAAUUAGUUUAAGUUUCUAAAUGACCUAGUUUUCAAGAGAAACUAUAAGAUAGAAUAUCCUCUAAUAAAUUUUAAUUCAGCUAUGAGAUAGAAUAUCUUCUAAUAAAUUUUUAAAGAUAUUCUGGUUAUAAUAUAUAUAUAAUUUUGGUAACUCAAAUCUUGUUAUAUAUAUAUUUAAAUAUUAAAUGCAUGAUAUUAGGAAAAAAGAUAUCUCGUCAGUUGAUUGCAACUGGUUUUUGAUAAAACAAAUCUCACUAUAAGGAUUUAAAUAAUAGAUAAUAAGGAAAUAAUAAGGAAUUUUAACGUUAAAACUCCCCAACUAAGUUUGUUUUGGGUAAAAACCUCCAAACUAAGUAUUUAACGAAAAACCCCCUAAACUAACUUUAUUUAACGAAUUAAACUCUCAUAGGUCAUAAUUACUAUUACUACCAGUAAAUCUUUAGUUUAAGGGUUUAUACACUAAGUAAACAUAGUUGAGGAAUUUUAUCGUUAAAAUGAAAAAAAUU